CACAGUAUUGCCAUUGCUCUCCGGUGAUUGCGGGACUGUUUUUACAGCGUCCUUCUAAAUAAGGAAGCAGCAGGCCGUUAGACACAUGACCACCGGCCCAAUUUGGCCCCUGCAUCUCUCUCUCUCUCUCACAUCUCAUGAUCGCUCAACACCACCCAAUGAAGUCUCUCUCUCUCUCUUUCCCUCUGCAUCUCUCUCUCUCUCUCGCGCGCGCGGAGUGACAGCAGUCGCCUGAACCUCCGACAGAGUUGGCAUUGCAGUUCAGCUCUUCUUCCGCUCCUGCUGGCUUGCAACUUUUCUCCCUCAUACCGUCUCCUACUUUUUUUUUUUUUUUUUUUUGACGGGGCAGCAGGCGGCGAAAUCAAGAGUGAUGUCACAGAUCGAUGCGCGUGCCUGGCAAGGUGAAACUGGAUUUUGGUGAGUGGUACCCUCCACGACCGGCGUUGCCCUUCCAGAGGCGUGGGAGCUGCGAAACAUGGUAAUCACCACUACUACCGCCUCAAGCUCUGCCGCUCUCUCUCCGUCCUCUGCUCCACUGUUCUCGGGCUGUCGUUCCAUGCCCGAAACCCUGAUCUGCCUUCCAAAAAUACGCCUCUGCCACCAUGCUGAAGGAAGAAAAACAAGAAGAGUGGUAUUUUUAGGGCCAUUAAUUUUGACCACGUACCCCGAAGGUAAACCGGAUGGCCAUUGCGCAAAGGCUUGCCAUCGGUAUGUCCUGCGAGGCCAGCACGCACUGGACGUUGACAGCGAUUGUUCUCCUGGGGUUCCUGGUGGGGAUUGUGUCAUCAUAUCCGAUUCCAAGCAGGACUAAUGCAACUUCAUUGGAUGAAAGAUGGGAGACCAUGUUCUCCCGAACCAUUCUGGGGCGCUCAGGAGAGAAAUCGAACCUGAACUGGGAGAGUGACUAUUUGUUGGGCAUCAAGAGAGUGCGGAAGCUUUACUGCAACGUGGGCAUCGGAUUUCACCUUCAAGUCCUCCCGGACGGCCGGAUAAACGGUGUACACAAUGACAACCAGUACAGUCUAAUAGAAAUCUCCACGGUAGAACGGGGAGUGGUUAGCUUGUAUGGGGUGAAAAGUGGCCUGUUUGUCGCAAUGAAUAGCAGAGGACGGUUGUACGGAACGGCAGUCUUCCGCGACGAGUGCAAGUUCAAGGAGACCCUCCUGCCAAAUAACUACAACGCCUACGAGUCUUCCCUAUACCGCGGCUUCUACUUGGCCCUCAGCAAGCACGGGCGGGCGAAGAGGGGAAACAAGGCCACCACCGCCAUGACAGUCACACACUUCCUCCCGCGAAUAUAGGCAAAGCGCGCAAUAAAUCAUUCAUUUGCACAUGUGGACAUUCUCCCAGGUAAUAUAUAUAUAUAUAUAUAUAUAUAUUCAUGCAAACUGUCUGCAAAAAAAGCUCUAUAGAGUGAUAUUUAUUCUGUCUUUAUCUGUAUAUUUGGGUAGGCGACUCUUAGACCUGUAUCCAAACUGUGCUGCUGCUCUUUAAUUUGGGUCCUCCCCCCACUCCCCC